AUGGAUUCUUCCGGAGGCCCUCAAGGUCACCCUGCUACAGAUGCGACAGGCGUUCCGCAAAACAGCGCAAGCGUAGGCACGGAGUCGGCAGAUAUCUUUGUGGACCACUACCGUCGACUUCGCAAAGAUCCCGGCCUGCGUGAGAGACUCAUUGCAGACCCGGUGGAAGGCCUGAAAGAGCAUUUCGGUGUUGCACCGGACGACAGGAAGUGUCGGAUCGAGGUAAUACCACAGGAUCCAGACACCAUCGUGAUCUUGCUUCCAGCGAUACCGACGGAGCAGAAUUCCUCUUCUGAACUCGAAGCAAAGGCUGAAGCUGCAAGCAGCAGAAUCUACGAUAUACUGUUCAACCGUUCUGGCGUCGGCGGCUUCUUCAUUCCUUCGACUGACAUGACUUGGGUUCUGCGUGAUUUCAGGUCGAAGGUUGCGGCAAAGUUCUUCUAG